UUGUUUGCGGAAUGUACACUAUGUGAGAAGAAUGGCGGACUAGAAUGUCUGGAUGACUUUGCGAAUCUUACAGCUGGCUUUUGGUGGAAGUGGAAACAUCAUACACACUUAGAAGUGUAUAGAAACUUCAUUAAAAACGUAACCAAUUUCUCCUUUACUCCUGAAUUACACAAAGCAAAUGAUUCCGGCAUUGAGUACCCGUACACCAUACCUCAACCGUACAGAUGUCCCAUAGCAGAAGCUUGUAAGGGAGGUUUGAAUUCUUCAUGUGAGGCUGGUUAUGAAGGACCGCUAUGUGCAGUUUGCAGUGAUGGAUAUCACAAAAAACUGAAGAAAUGCAAGUUGUGCCCAACAAAAGGAUGGAUGAUCGGACAGCUUGUAAUUAUUGGGGUAUUAAUUAUCAUACUGGUUAUACUUGUGGCGUGGAGAAGCAAGAAAAAGAACAAAAAAGACGCUGGACGAUCUUUCCUUGACAAGGUCCUCGGAGAGAUUAAAAUUGUUAUUGGUUUUUAUCAGGUGCUGUUUGGUAUCAUGGAGGCGUUUUCAUACAUAAAAUGGCCUGGAAGUCUUUCCGUUAUUGGGGAAUAUUCAGAUAUUAUUCAGAUGAACAUUCUUCAGAUAGCUCCCCUCCACUGCAUCUUUCCUGACUUGGAAUUUGACGCACUCACAAGUUUAUUUGCAGUUAUGGGAUUGAAUAUUGCAGCAGUCAUCGUCGCCCUUGCUAGCCUUGCCCUUGCCACUUGGAUAUCGACACGACAUAUGUCGAAUGAAGAAGAAAAAAUGAAGAUAAAGGAGCGCAUUAAAGCGAUAGUAAAGAGAAAUCUGUUUUUCUUUCUUUUCGUGACCUAUCUGAACACUUGCCUAAAAACAGCUCAAGUCUUACCUCUGGCCUGCCAUAGACUCUGCGUUGACCCCAAAAAAGAUGAAAGCUGCGAGGAGUAUUUGAAGGCCGACUACAGCAUUAACUGCAAAGGAGAGAGAUAUAAACGGUUAGUCAUCGUGGGAUACUGUUCCAUUGUGUAUGUGAUUGCUUUGCCUGCUGCUGCUUUUACAGCAAUUUGGAAAAGGAAAAGAGCUGAAAAGAAAAAUGAAUCAAGCGACACAAAUGGUUCGGAAGACCAAACUACCGUGCAAACGGGGCUUCGUUUUUUGCACGAAAACUACAACCCUCGGUGUUGGUAUUGGGAGCUGGUGGAAACAUUUCGAAAGGUUAUUUUAACCUCUGGAUUGAUCCUUUUGGGUGGGGAAAGCAGAGCUUACAUUGGCCUAGCUUUGGUUUUUUCUGGUCUGUAUGGUAUCUAUUUCGCGUGGAAAAGCCCAAUAAAAGAUCCAUUCGAAAACAAGCUUAUGCUAUCUUCACUUGCCGUUACCUUCGUAAACCUUGCAAUAGGAGCCGUGAGUUCAAUCCCAAGUGAACGUUUUGAGUCAUCAGUCGACCUAAUCCUGGAUAACCUGCUGUUCAAUGGCUUGGUCUUUAUUGCCAAUUCCUUGGUUAUUGGACUCCUUGUUGGUAAGUUAUGAAAAUUCAUUGUAUUUGUCUGUCCCAAAACCCUUAUAUGUUACAGGCAGGCUCAUACCUUAACUUGGGCAUCAUGAUUUAUUGUUCAAAGUUCUUGCAAUAAAAGUUGUAUAGAUUACUUCAUAGUUUAUAAUUGAAAAGCGCGCACGAUUUUUAUUCACAAGUUCAUUACAAGUGAAUAGAUAUCGUACAAAUUAACCAUAACCUUGAAGUAAUUUUUUUCAUUCUUUUACCAUUUUUUAUCUUUUUUUUACUUUGAUCAAAAUCAAAUCACCGUGGGAAAGUUUAUUAGUAUUUCCUUAAUCAAUAUUAAAUCAUUAUUGUACUUGUUAUAAAAUAAUAUAGAAACAUGCAGCCAUGAAACAAAUAUUUAUCAUAGAUGAGGCUCCUUCUCGGGAGUCGACAUUCAUAACAAUUCUUGGAUCAAUUUAGGUUUCCGGGGAAACUGCCCACCUACCCCUCCCCUAAGCUAACAUUAACACUUACUUCUCACUUUGGGCAAAAUGAUGGCUUAGGGGAGGGGUAGGUGGGUAGUUCUCCCAGACACCUAAAUUGAUCCCAAUUCUUUGUCAUACGGUAUUUUUAUCUCCUCCUCUUAAAGAGCAAGGAAAGAGUUUGCGUUAGGUUUAUUUCCUUUUCUUUUAAGUUUUAGAUACAUUUGUUUUUUGUUCUAAAGCUUUUCGUGUCUGUUCAAGCUUAGCGUCUUUCGCAAUGCUGAAACUGGAAUUAUUCGUCUUUAAAUACCGUUCAAAACUGGCCAUUAAAGAUGACGUAAAGGACUGGCCUCAUAGUCAUCUCACACAUACAGCUCCUUCGGGGCAAUUUCUUUCCUUGACUCGUUAAUCGUCGUUUAAAUCGAUUUUCUUUGUGUGUGUGUGUGUUUUUUUUCUCGUUUUCGUGGCUCUCGAUAAAUUUCUUGAUUGAUUCUAAUGUCUAUAAACCCUGCAGAACUUUUCAGAACUUUUUCACUUUUGGCAAGUGUACGCACCAAAAAGCAGGAAACAAUACAAUUUUUGCCACUUAAGUGAACAAAUCCGUCUGAGGCCUGUGAUUGGUCAUAAGAUAUAUGUAGAAAGAACUGAUUUUUUUUGCUAACCUGGUUUUCAAAAAUCCAGGUAGUAGAUAUAUAAAUUUAGUAUAUACUAAAACAGUGGAUAGUGUUUUUUGCGCGCUCUGAUUGGCUAUUCAAUCAGUGAAUAUCCUGCACUAGUCACUGAUUCACCUCCAGUUCCUCCGACCGAGAGUCGUCAAACUCGCAUACUUGCGAGCAAAAUGCCUUCCGGGUUUCCUGCCGUAACACACAAAAAAAUUUCACAAAUAAUCAAGCGAGCUGUUCCCGAAAUACACAAAGAAGGUGACGAAGUUCGGUUUGGGCGUUUUAACAGGUCAUGCUUUGUCUUAGUUCGACUUGAAUUUAUCGAUGAAACCGGUGGAAAAGUUUUUUGUUUACAAAUGCGAAGUCUUGCCUGAUUACUUCAUUUAGUUGACUUGUUAAUAAAUAAGCUCAAAACUAAAUUUAAUAAUCUUUUUUUACAGAAUGAUUUUAAAUACCAAACGAAUACACGACUCCUUUUGAAGAAAUUUCCCCGCAAGAUCUAAAUAAAUGCCCUUAAAAGUUUUAUUUGUCGGCAAGAAAAAGCGACGGCCGCGGCCGUUCUGUCAUUGCGCGCCAAAUUUGUAAUCGUUCGCAACAGUAAAUGAGUUAAAAAUCAUCAUUUUUGUGUUCAAUUAUGUCACUGUUUUAGUAUAUGCUAAAACAAUUAUUCACCUCAGUGUCGGUGGCUAGUAAACCGUGUCUCGGUAAAUAGUCACCACUUGCUACCGACACUGAGGUGAAUAAUUGUUAUAUAAUUUUUUUUUACCAGUGAGCAAAUUGCAUGACGAAUCAGAUUUUUUUUUGUUUCUGACGAACCAGCUUUGUUUAGAGUAAAUCAUUAAUUACAUAAUGAAUCUCUAUGGUUUUUUAAAAAAAAAAAACAAUGUAUUAUUACGCUUGACCUGAACAAGGAAAAUGCUUAACAGCACGGUCAGGAAAUAUCUAGCAUUGAGUGGCAAGAGUUGAAAAAUCGAUUCCUUUAUUCUUUUUUCCAUAUACAGCUUUUAGGUAGAUAAGAAACGUGCUGUAAAUUGUUUUCACCAAUAAGCCUUUUAUUUGCCACAAAAAUUAAAAUAUCGGUUUUCAAGUCUCAAAAUGGCCCAUUUUUUUUUAAACUAAAAUUCGCUAACAUCAACUUUACUCGCGUUCGCAACCAAAGCCGCAUGAACAAAUUUGGACACUUCCCAUAACAGAACAAUUUUUUUUUUCACUGUUAGAGUAACUUUCAGGGAAAUAGCGAGAUUUGUCGAACUUAAAUAAUUCAAAAAAGAAGAAUAGGUUUUCACGAUAGCCAAAGCUUAACCCUCGGACGUACACGUACACGCACACGUACCCCCACUGUGGUAAAAGGGGGAGGGGGUGCCUUGAUGGAACCCAUCUUCUGAGUUUUUGAUAUGUCGCAGUAUUUCGAAACGAAGCCUUCAAUGAAAAGCCUUUGAAGGUGAGGUAUAUUUUGUGAGGUAUAUUUUAUGAGGCCUGUGGCGUCACCAAACACGGCUGCCAUCUCGGCCACCAUCUUGGAUUUUAUCAAGAAUUGGAAAUCAAGUAAAACCCGCUAGAAUUGAUAAUUUUGUUGUGCUUAACAGCGCCUGUCCGUAAAAAUCAAACAUAUCGCGGCAAAGGUGGAAAAUUCGAUUUCUUUCAUAUUUUAAUGUUAGAUAGGCUAGGGUAUAACUAAAAUCACUGUAUUGAUUUUUCGGUGAAAUAUCCUUUUAUUUCAGAGAUAAUUGCAAAUAUCCAAAAUCCGUUGAAAUCGCCAUUUGAGGCGCUCAAUUAUUACAUGGGUUGGAAAGCCUAGAAUGCAAAAACCGAUUUCACUACCGCCUUUUAAACAUCACAGCCUUCUUUUACAACUUCUAAAUAUCUGUUAACAUGAUUUGGGGAGAUAGCGCUCUCCUCUUUGUAUACAAAAUAAAAAAUACAAUUUCCUUCAGUCAAAGUAAUGGGUGAAAAAACAUAAUUUUUACCAUGUGCGAAACCUUCAAAUCGAUUAAGCUGCUGGUGGUUGAAUGUCAGAAGGAUGGUCUACAGAUUCCUGUAAAAAUUUCUUUGGGCAAAGGAUUACUAGCGACGAGAGAGCUUUACAAAAUCUGUUAAAAAUGCAGAUGUUUGACCUUCCGCGGUCAACUUUGAAGUUGCGAGUCGGACAUAAAAUUUUGUUCCUUCACUUGUCUAAACCCGCAUUAAGUUAAAAUAAGCAGAUAGAAAACCGUUUCGAAAUGUUUUCACCUUAUUAUGAGCAGUAAACGACCGGUCCAAAGAUCAUUUUAGCACGAUUUUCGGUUGUUCGUCGCUUGACCUCUGGUUUGCAACCGCUGCAAUAUGCACCUCAUACCCGACAGACCGAGUGAACUUUCGACGUCUUCAAAGGUCGAAUACUAAUCUUUGAUCAGUUUAGGCGAAUUUUAUUACGAUUGCAUCUUCUUCGACGGUUUAUAGCCAUUUGUUAAACACUGCUUUACACUGCACGAAAAUAUAUAUCUGACCGGUGCUACAAUAGCACAAUAAUGUCCGCGACGCUGUUUGUCACUCAAUACUGUCACGUGCAUUUAACGGGGGAGGAGUGGUGUUGCUUGAAAGUACAUAAAUACGCCUAGAAACCCUUUAUAAACGACUAAAGAGUUUAAAAGCCGAUUUAUCAACUUAUACUACGCAAUUGCAACAUGGCUUGCUUGCUUCAUCUUUGUUAAACUCUAGUUUCUACUUGAACCACUCAGUAGCCUGUGCCAGGCUCUCAGAUAGUAUAGUGCAGACGUAUUAAGGUGGCUCGACUGGAUUUUUGGGGGUUGAUACCUCCCAACUUUGAGCAUUAACUACGUCGGCAUGAGUAAAGGUAUGGAAAAAAGGUUACCACAACUGUAUUAUAUAAAGAUGAAAAUUUCUUAUGAUCUGGGUUUUAUUGCAAUCGGAGUCGCCAUGGCAACGUAAUGACGCCAUUACGUUUUUCAUUUAUCUUUGUGUUUCUCUGUUCCAGGAGUUUUUUGAUGAAAUCGCUUAAGGGAGUAUGUACCUGCUAUAAUUGCCUCCAUUAUGGUAAAGUUUGAACAAAUUCUAUGAGAGCGUUUUCGAAGUAUUUUGAAAUGUAGUUUUAAGAAUGAUAAAAACAGUGAAAUAGCAUGCUACCUACACAAUUCGCUAAUAUUUUAAGAAAAUGAUAAGCUUUGGGAACGAGGCUUCAUCUCAUAGUGGUUUGACUCCAUUGAAAACUGCAUCCAAAAAAAGAGGGGAAUUGCUCUGGGCGAUCCCGAGUAAGAAGAAUUUUAUUAACUUGCAUUCAGCUGCUUUUGAUACAGUUUUUGGACGUAAUUUGGUCCAUGCCUAAGAAUUUCGCAUUUUUCCAAAAACCGCUCGAUAAAUUUUUUUAUAAAUUCGACAAUCUCGAGAUCAAUUAUCAAGAAAUAUUCAAUGCAAGUUUCAAGAACAUUGAAAAUAGGGAAGGCUUUUAAAUAGGGCCUCAAAUAUAACCAAUUUUCCCCCCAGAUUUUGUGUUUACAAGUGAGCGUCCUCAUUAUUCACUGGCAUUUUUUUCAAGUUUCAUAUGCACGUGCACAACCAGCAAAAGAUAUAAAUUUGCAUAAAAAAGAACUCUCUAUUACUUUCCGAAGAAAUAUCAGUAAUAUGCUAAUAGCUGCCUUGUCGUCACAGAUAGCAGUGAGAGCCGAAACGGUGAACGUCACGGCUCAUCGCGUAGGAUGGAAUACUUAUGCCAUGUUUAGACUUGAGCGUGCUACCGAGGUAUUGGAGUUAACUUACCUAGGUAAAUAUUUUGCGUGUGUAAACGCCAACUGAUACCCUGGUAAACACCGCUCAAGACAAUAGAAAGUUAACUAAGGUAAAAGUUCGGUUUGCCCUGCGAAAAGGCAUGGUUAAGGUCGGUAACCAAGGUUUGGAUGACAGAUACAUCCGCUUGCGGUCGCAUAGAAUUUCAAAUCCUGUGGUGUCGGGAUUGCGUCAGGCUCAUUCGAUCACGUUUUCGAGACUAGGUUUUCGAGACUAGGUUUUCGACCAGGUUUCCACGUUUGGUUUCGGUCUACGAAGAAGUUAUGGCAAAAACCAAAGACACAAAAGACACACCAUUCUUCAACAAAAUUUCCGUUUAAUAGAGUUUCGAACCAGAAUUGGUUUCUCGGCCACGACCACGUACGUCUAACGCGCCUUGUCUUGCGAAGGGCAAUUUGUAGCAGAAUUAAUCGCUUUCGUCUCCACCUCUUUAGGUGCUGCAAAAGUAAGAGCUGCUGCAAACUCGAUUCCUGAGUUUGCUGAUCAAGAACAAGAAAAUAAAACGCGAGGACUACAAGAGCCACAGCUUCUCUUUUAAACGCGAGCAUUUAUGCGUGGAUUUAGAAUUUGCCGCCAAUUCGAUUAGAUUGUGAUUGAUGACAGACUUACCUUAGUUAUUUGAGCCCGCAUAAACACUGUACAAAUGUACCAGGGUUUAGUCAGUUAAUGUUUACCUUGGUAAACGCUUGAGUGUAAACACAGCAUUAAUUAUCUUACUCGGGUUAUAACAUCACAGAAACUAUCACAAAGAGUUGCUCUGAUGUUAUAAUGUAUCAUUAAUCUCUUUACCCGGUAAUUAGCAUAUCCCGAAGAUUUAACCGAGGGUCCUUUUUGAUGCAAAUUCUAUCUUUUUGCUAAAUAUGCACGCGUAUAUGAAACUUGAAAACAAUGCCAGUGAAUAAUGAGGACGCUCACUUGUAAACACAAAAUCUAGGGGGAAAAUUGGUUAUAUUUGAGGCCCUAUUUAAAAGCCUUCCGUGUUUUCAAUGUUCUUAAAACUUGCAGGGAAUAUUUCUUGACGAUUGCUCUCGGGACUGUCGAAUUUAUAAAAAAUGGAAAAAUGCGAAAUUCUUAGGCAUGGACCAAAUUACGUCCAAAAACUGUAUCAAAAGCAGCUGAAUGCAAGUUAAUAAAAUUCUUCUUACUCGCGAUCGCCUAGAGCAAUUCCCCUCUUUUUUCGUAUGCAGUUUUCAAUGGAGUCAAACCACUAUGAGAUGAAGCCUCGUUCCCAAAGCUUAUCAUUUUCUUAAAAUAUUAGCGAAUUGUGUAGGUAGCAUGCUAUUUCACUGUUUUUAUCAUUCUUAAAACUACAUUUCAAAAUACUUCGAAAACGCUCUCAUAGAAUUUGUUCAAACUUUACCAUAAUGGAGGCAAUUAUAGCAGGUACAUACUCCCUUAAGCGAUUUCUUGAAAAAACUCCUGGAACAGAGAAACACAAAGAUACAUGAAAAACGUAAUUACGUCAUUACGUUGCCAUGGCUACUCCGAUUGCAAUAAAACCCAGAUCAUAAGAAAUUUUCAUCUUUAUAUAAUACAGUUGUGGUAACCUUUUUUCCAUAUCUUUACUCAUGCCGACGUAGUUAAUGCUCAAAGUUGGAAGGUAUCAACCCCAAAAAAUCCAGUCGAGCCACCUUAAAACGAGCAAAGCGAAAAUCCCAGCCCCCUCGCGUUUUUCUCGGAGCCUGGAACAGGCUAACCACUCAGGCGCUCUACAAUCUAGCGCUGUUAGUUGCGACAUAAUAAACAUCGACCAAAAACUGAACCUGUUCUCACUGCGACAAAAAAUAGAGUUUGGCCUUUGCAAACUGAUAAUUGGAAAAUUUUGUAAUUACCAACACUUUAAAGAUGCCUAAAACUUUCUCCUAGGCGACAAAAUCCUCUGUUCCCUUUAUUUUGACAGCUAUCCUUCGUUGGGUCAUUUUAUUUCGCGAACGUUAACAAUUAACGUUACUGGUUACACGAAUAAUUUCGUGUGUCUCAUUUGCGAACAGGGUUUCAAAAAUAAGAAAGAAGCAAGAAUCAUUGUUGCAGGCGCUAAUCAAAAGGGAUAUGCUACUAUAUAGUUACGAACUGUUGUACACGAAUUUUGGUUAGCGUAAUCAGUUCUUGCUUUGAAUAAAAAGGUUAUCAAGGUUUUCUGUACAGAUGCUUUGAGACGUGUGCCUUUUAUUCGUUAAAACAUUGGUUGUUAUAGUCAAGAGUACUGUAGUCCCAUUAUACACUUUACACAAAUGUGUAGUGAUUGCGUGAAUAGCGCGCACUGCAAAAGAUCGUGAGGUGACAGCUCAUGCAAACCCGACUUUUGCAUGGGCUAAUUUAGCAACAGAACAGGAACGUCAGUUGACGGGAAAGCGCGUGGAAAGGACUAAACGCGACUUUCCAAAUUUGCCGCUCUGCCAUUGGUCAAGCUAGUUGUUAGAUUUGAGCGCGACGUCGUCAACUGACGUUCCCGUUCCGUUGCUAAAUCAGCCUAAUUUUCUCAGAUAAUACGCGCGCUCUGAUUGACCAAGAGUUGUGUUUGCAAGAGGGUUUUUAGUAACGACGUCACGAUCUUUCGCGGUGCGCUCGCUAUUUAAUGCGCGCAAUCACUUCGCUCUUUAUCUUCGAGAUUAUCCUCAUCAACAAUAAGCAGAUCAUCCCAUUCCUCAUGUAUUCGUACCACAGGUCUCCCAAACGUAAUAUGAGAGUUUGUAUGGGAAAAAAAGAGUUUGAAACUUAGAUGAAAUAAAUGAACAGGCAGUGUAAUAAUGAUGUAAAAGUGCUCAAAUCGCGCUGAAACUUCAUAAAAACAAAGACAACGACUCCAGGUAACAAUAUUUACACUUUAUUGACAAAUUUUCUCGCUUUUACUUCAUUCAUUUUUUUUCCCAUACAAACUCUCAUAUUACGUUUGGGCCACCUGUGUUCCUACUAUUUAAGAAAGUUAUGAGGAGGAGAGAGGGGACUUAUUCGAUAGCGGCGUUUGUUUGAUAUUAUGGCCAACGGGGUGAGCGGUUAUUCGGGGACGGGCGCUUAUUAGAGCGUGGGACCUUACCGAGAAAAUACGGUACACAGAUAUGUAACAGGUUAAAUCAAAAAAGUAAAAUGAACGCACCGGACAGACCAGCAAACGCGUUAAGAUGCAUUUAGCCAAAAUAGAAAUACCGUUGGUUGAAAAAAAAAAAGUUAAUAAGCGCCUCCAUUAUUAAGCGCCCUCCUUCCUAUAAGCACCUCUCCUUUUAGCCGAGCUGGGGCGCUUGUUCGAGGAAAUACGGUAUUUACGUCAUAGCUUGCAAAAUAUAACGAAGUUUUAAAGAGCUGCCUCGUAACACCACCACUACUAUGAUUCUAAGAGAAGGGUUGGGAAAUGACCUUAAUGCCAAAGGUCCCCAGACUGUGACUGCGUGCUUACGUUAGAGUUUGUUCUACAGAAUUGCAGCUGCAGCCUUGUGCUAAAUUCUUCAACAACUCCAAGUUCGGCUUCUAUCGGCAGGUUAUGGCACUGAUAACGGUCCUGAUAGCGUUUAAUAAAAUCACCCAGUCUGGGAGUUGACAACCAAAGUUGUGAUAAACAAAAUGAUCAGUAUUUGGAUUUUAACAGGAAAGAACGUGUCUAAGGGUAUCGCUAUCUUAAGCUAUGGAUUGUCUUUAUUCACUCUAUACCGGAGAGCUUUUGUGCCGGCACAAAAAGAAAGCAUACCGGAUAGGACUACUGGUCACGCAAAGAAGGGUGAUUUCGGCCCGAAAAAGCAAAGCUGCGACGCGCCGAUCACUAAACAGAAGAGUCACAUACCGGAUAGGUGUUCAUACUUUGCCGGAUAGCUUUUUGUGUCUGCACGUAAAGCUAUCCAGUGCAGUGUGAACUGGUCAGUAUAAAACAAGAACUGUGGACUGUGGACCACGGACUACGGACUGGGUUUAAAACACGGACUAGGUAUAAAAUGAGGACUCCGGACUGAGUAUAAAAACACGGACUAAGUGUAAAACGCGGACUACGGACUAUGUAUAUAAAAACAGCUUUAGAACGGUAAAACUGAGAGAAACGGAAAGCGAACUGGCAUAAAACAGUAGUCCCAGCUCCUUCCCUCACACACAAACAUUCCUUUAGCUGGUCAUGAUCAUGCAGUCUAUUCUCCCCAACGUCAGCGUCAUGAGGGGAAGGAAAGCAUAAUGCACGGAGAAGGAAGGUUAUGCCGCUACUCAAGGCAACUGAAAUUAAACUCUGAAUUUUAUAAAAAGGAGGAGUUACAAGAAAAUUCAAGUCAGUUAAACUAAUAAGAAGCACCGUUUAAAAAAAAGUAUCGGUGUUAGCCAGAGUAAAAUUCUUAUAGAUGCUACUAUUCGGUUUCAAAUAAAGCCUUGGGAAUAUGUGAAAAUGAAGAACUCAUACGAGAAGGUCAAUAUAGGGAAAUUCUGCGAUGUAAAAAAGGAGUAUUUAGGGGGGAGGGAUUACUCACCUAUGUACGUUAAUAAUAACCGAAAUGAAUCAUCCAUCAUUAUAUUCUACGCGAUGAUUAAUAUUAUGAUGACAUGAUUUACACCCUGCUCCUGACCUCCGGAGGGGGUACUAUGAUAAUUCUUGGUUGGGAUGUGCUGCCCAGUUCUUCAAAUCCUGACCCUAUUUCAAACCAAAAAAUGUCAUUUUCCACACUCGUUUUCAGACCAGAUCUCUAAAAUCCACACCUGUUUUCAGACCUGGCCUAAUUUAGGCUGUACCAGGCUCUCAGAUAGUGGAGGAACUGACUCCCAAGUUUCUUCCCGUUUUUGUUUUGUUGUUUUUCUUUUUCGUGUUCGCGCUUUCUCAAUUCAGCGGAUCCAACUAUCUCGAACUAUUAGGCUAGGCCUAAUUAGGCAGAAAUUAUGCCAUCAUAACUAGAUUAGAAUGCAUUUCGAAUUCGCAUAUUUUUAUUUCGAUUCGUUCUUAUUCAUUUGGAAUUGAAACGAUAAAUACAUGUACGCUCCCGUAGUUCCCUCGAAUCCAGACCAAAAUGAGCAAAGUGUUUUUAGACCAAAAAGGCCUAAAAUCCUCCCCUUUGGGGCGGCACAUACCUAUAUGGCUUAUAUAAGGGAGUACUCUCCCCCGGCCCCCGCCGGUCCUAACCCCUCUCAUGAUUGUUAGAGACCAGUACCAGGUCUAAAAAUGGGUGAAGAAAAUAGAAUUUUGGUCAGUCUCAUGAUUCAGAGAACCGAGCGGCACACCUCCACCCAGAAUUUCUAGGUGUAUUUAUAACUUAAACUUACGUGUCUUUUUUAUUUAGGGAUCUUUUGAUCUUAUUUUUCCUUACCUAGAAUCAAUAAGCACCUUUUUUUACCAACGUAGUCCACAGUCCGCAGUCCACGUUUUAUACCUAGUCCAGUUUUUAUACCCAGUCCGCAGUCUGUAGUCCGUGUUUUAUACUGACCGUAGUGUGAACUUUAGCCUUAAAAGCCAGUCUCUGUAAGGUCCUCAUAUCGAGUUUUGGCAACAAAAUGGAUUUCGCUCAUAAUUUUUUUGUAGACUUAUUUUAAUAAGUAUAUAACAAAUAUGAAACUAGAUUGGAGAAAUUCGCUUCUGUAAAUUUUUUAACGAAUUUUCUUUCGGCGCCACAUGAGGACCUGAGAUGCCUCUGAAAUAUGCAAAUUUUGUCAAAAAUUCAACCGAUUGCUCCGGAUAAAAGAGUGCCACCCAAAGCAAUUUACCACUUAUUUUAAUUGAGCCUUUAUCCUUAAAAUAAUACAGGUCAGAAUCAGCAACACCUUUUCGUUUAGAAAAUCUGAGGAAACACACUUAGACCCUUUGACUCACUUAGCAAAACAUACGAUUUUAGCCAAAUUCAGUACCCAUUAUCACCAUUGUACUGUUCUCGUGCAAGUUACCGCCUUCAGGUCUUUCCUCUGUGAUCAAAGGUUAAUAUAAAUUAAAGGCCAAGUUUUAAUUUGAACAAGUUUUUAUUUGUUUCAGUGCAAUAUCUGGCGUAUAUUUACCACUUUGUAAAAGAAUGGCGCAAGAACCCAAAGUGUUCAUUAUCCUGCUGCCUGGCCUUGCUGUUGCCACUUAAUCAACUACAAGGAGAGAUACGCGGAUUUACUGAGACGAACAUAAUGAAGCAGCAACUGCAAACUGGUAACAUCGACAUGCCAACGAUUGGUAGUACUUUAAGGGAGAGUGGGGCAGUUGAUGUUACUCUUGAAGAACAUGCAGAACGAGAACAAGAGGAGGCAACAACUGACGAGAAAACCAUUGCACAGGGCGUUUCGACAAUUACAAAGGUGAUUUGUGCUAGUACUUUAAGGGAGAGUGGGGCAGUUAAUAUUGCUCUUGAAGAUCAUACAGAACGAGAACAAGAGGAGGCAACAACUGACGAGAAAACCAUUGAACAGGGCGUUCAGACAAUUGUAAAGGUGGUUAUUCAUGAGCCUCCAAGAGAAACUUACGACACCAAACUCUAA